UUUAAAUAUUCUGGAAUCGGUUUGCCCAAAGCAUGUCGUCUUUAUAAAUCUGAGCGAUGGACAAUUUACUAAGAAAUUGUUAAGUAAUCAAGUCGUUCUCAACUGUCAAAACCUAUUAAUUGAUGAUGAUUUUCGCCACAAUAUGUAUAUCCGAACCAAUAUAGAACGGUUCCCUAAUCUUUCGUCAAUGAAACUUCCGCCAAUUCCUUUCGUCAAUGGCCCUGAGGCACUGAAAUGCGACGUUUAACUGUUAACACUGAAAUUGCGCGAUGAAAACAAAAUUUUGUUGCGAGUCAGAGGAGAGACAAAGGGAUAUGAUGGAAUCAAAGGGCAUCAGAGGAUUCAUAUGGAUUAGGCGGAUAUAAAUCUUCAAUAUAUUCCAUAAAGCUCUAAUAAACGUCUCCACCUCCCUAUUAAUAUAUCCGAUUUUACUCCCCCACAAUCCCGCUUACAAACUAGUCUUAUUGACGAAAGGUUCAUUGAUGUCUAUUGACGAAGGCUAUUGACGGAAAGGUCAUUGACGCAAAGUUCAUUGACUAAAGGUCCGGCCACAAUGAACAAAUGUACAUCAUAAAGGACAGUGAUCCCGAUGUUGAAUCAUUAUUUAAUUGGCUUCAUUACAAAAAUAAAAUAAAAAAAGUACUUAACAAUGAUUAUUAUGAAAAAACUUUAACGAUGUUAAAUUAUCACGGAACUAUACAAGAUAUUAUGGAACAAUUAAUUGAAAAAUGUAAAGAGAAUUUUCUUCAAUCAGAGAGUGCUACUGAUAAUCGACCCUUUACACUCAAAUUUCAUUGUAAAAAAGUGAUGAAUGAAUUUUCUUUGGAAAAUAGCAAAAGUAAAGAGAUUUUUCAAUUUAAAAAGGACCACCAAUCAUGUACAUUAAGACGAAGUAACAAAAGUAUGGAGAAAAAUCAGAAGGGAAAAUGUCAAACAAUUUUUAAUAAAAAUGUAGACUUUUGGAUUAUUUAG